UUUCUCUCCGCCCGCUUUUACGCACAAAGAUGAGUUCGGAGAGGCCAAACUUUCUCUCUCAACCCGUGGUGAAGAACGUUUUCAUGUUUCGAAACGGCGAUCCAUACUACGAUGCUCGGCGGAUAGUGAUAAACCAAAAGAGGGUGAGCAACUUUGAAACCUUGCUAAGAGAGGUGACGGGCGGCAUACAAGCCCCGUUUGGAGCCGUGAGAAACAUUUACACACCGAGAGGAGGUCAUAAAGUUGACUGCUUGGAGAGCCUGAGGAGCGGGGAGCAGUACGUCGCUGCUGGGAGGGAAAAAUUCAAAAAGCUAGAUUAUCUACAGAUUGGCUCCAGGAAGAAGAAAAUGAUGCAGACCGUUCCAAUGCAGAUUAAACCAUUUCCACCAAAUAGAUUCAUUGUGUCAGCUCGAUUCCUGAAACCCAUCAAGGAGCCAUGCACCAUAUUUGUGGUGGCAAAUGGUGAUAUACUGAACUCCGCAGUGAGGCUGUUGGUCCACCAGAGGAUACUGGGCCAGUUUGACAAGAUACUAGAAAUGAUUACAGAGAAGAUGGGUUUAAGAGUCCUCGGGGGAGUUAGAAGUCUCUUUACCUAUGAAGGCCAACAGGUGACUGAGGGGAAUCAGCUAGAGAGCGGUCAGCUUUAUGUGGCUGUGGGAAGAGAAAAGUUUAAGAAGCUUCCUUACAAUGAUCUGCUCUUCACCAAACCCAGAGGGACGAGGCGAGUCAGAGGGAUGAAAUCUUAUUCUUUGCCGCCCAUCUACAGGUUCUCAAAACAGAGUGAAAAUGGUAAGUCCAUGGUCCAGAGCAGUGACAGUGGAGAUGGAGAGUCUCCUAAGGCCUCGCCUCCAAGCCACAACAAGGAACACCUGUCCUCCAUUGUAAGAGAGAUUUCUCAGGCGAGACUGCUCUCCUUAAAGAAGAUUAAGAGCAGACAGAGCUUGACUCCUGGUGCAUCUGACAAUGAUGAACUGGACCAGAAGUUUGAUGAAGGAAAUGCUGAUUGCCAAACACUACAAGACAAUGGAGCUGAAGCGGUAUAA